AACUAAUCAGAAAUGGUUUUGAUCCCUUUCUUCUUCCAAGUAAUUCCAAAAUAUCAAACAUGCAUGCAAUUUUCUCACUCAUGAAGAACCAAAUAUUUUGGAAUUUCUUAACUCUUUCAGUUUUCCUCAUCCUUUCUUUUUCUUUUUCCCUUCUCUUCCCUUUAAUUUCUCCAUUAUCAUCACCAAUAAAGCUUCAAGAUUCUCAGAUUCCAAGAGUUCUAAGAGACUCAUCAUCAUCAACUACUACUAUUCUCCCUCAACUUUUUAAGGAUGAUUAUAUUCUUGUCCAAAGAAAAAUGUUGCAUGAAGUUCAUUCUGGACCAAACCCUAUUGGUAAUUCUGUUCCACACCCCAAGAACACCACUUUACAAUCAGAUCCCUAACUUUUUUUUUCCACUUGUAUAUCUUAAAACACUUUGUAGCCCAAAGUGAAAAUGUAUUAUAUAUAAUUGAUAAGAUAAAUUAAUUGAUGAAAUAAAUUUUCUCAUGAAUUAUAUUUAUGAC